UCCCUAUGGGAUGUUUAUUUGGUAUGGUAACAACCGCUAUCUUUUAUGGAUUAAUAUACCACAGCAUAUCGAAAUCUGAUGGGCGUCUUGCGGCUAUGGGUGUCAAAGGCGUAAAUAGAUCUAAGAAUCUUUUAAAGACGUUUUCAAUUAUAAUUGGACUUUCCAUCUCAUUGUGGUCGCCGUAUCUAGUCAUUAGCAUAUGUGUUUCUAUUCCGAGGAUUGCAUGUUCAAUCGGGCGUAAUUACAUUCUCGUGUACAUGAUCUCACAUUUGAUUACGAUUGUAAGUUCAAUGAUCAACCCGCUUAUUUAUUGGUGUAGAAUGUCUGAUUUUCGUAACGCUUUUAACUACACUUUUGUCAGAUGUGGCGUUUUAUCGCAAUAAAAAGUAAUAGCAAAGAACAACGUCGAAAAUGUGUGCAAUAUGAGUUUGGUAGGGUUCUAGUCUUUACUACAUCUAUUGUGAAUCAUUUGACCAUAGGCCUACUUGAUAAAAUAUCAUAUUAUUGAAAUCCGCCUACACUCGUGUGACAUCAUUUGCAUGGUCCUUGCAAUAUCACUCUUAAAUGUGACAAACAAUCAACUGUUCCUAUAAUUAAACCAGAAUAAAUAUUAAAAAUGACUGCGUUGUUAUAGCAGUAUUGUGUCAACUGAAGUGACAGCACCAAUACCUCAUUUACAUUAACGACUGCAUUCUACUUAAAUACAAGUAUUCAACCAGAGAACAGUGUAAUUCCACUGUUUCCUGAUUCAACUUAUCAACAUUGUUUGAAAUGGCGUGUUCGAAUGAAACAUUUGAUUAUCGUUACGAAUAUAUGGACUUUUUACAGGAAAAUUUAAAUGUGUAUUUAAGCAUUAUUUUCAUGUUCUGUGUUCUAGUGGUGCUUAACAACUUAGUGGUGAUUAUUGUAAUCACUAAGACAAAACUCUUUAGGAAAAAGCACAAUAUGUUUGUCUUAUCAUUGGCAGUAUGCGAUUUUUUGAUUGGUAUCGUAAAUGCUGUACAAAUUCUGUAUUUCUACAACCAGAGUAUCUUUGGGGAUUUGGUUUUUCUCGGUUUUCUGUUAUUUUCCUUGAUUCUUACAUCGAUAUUGAAUGUUGCUGCCGUGGCUGUAGAGAGAUCUCUUGCACUGGUCUUUAUGCCUUUGCGUUAUUCAAGUGAGGUCACAACUAAACGUCUUUCGAUUGCUUGUAUCAUUUUAUGGGUAGUACCCCUUGCGACACAGCCAUUUGCAUUCUUCUACAAUAAUCCAAGUACAACUGUGUAUUUGCUUACAACGUGCUGUUUAUUUAGUAUGAUAGCCACAGCUGUUUUUUAUGUGUUAAUAUACAAGAACAUAUGCAAAUCAGACGAACGUCUUGCGGCUAUGGGUGUUACCGACGUCAAAAAGUCAAAGAAAAUUUUGAAGACGUUUUCAAUUAUAACUGGACUUUUCAUUGUAUCAUGGUCACCACAUAUAUGCAUUGGCUUAAUAAGUGUUUCAUUUCCGAAUAUUGUAUGUUCAUUUGGAAAAUCUUACUAUGUCAUAUUUUUUAUCACGCAUCUGAAUUCGAUUGCUCAUUCAAUGAUCAACCCACUUAUUUAUUGGUGUCGACUUUCGGACUUCCGUAUAGCUUUCAGUGACACUUUUGGUAGAUGUGGUGUUUCGUAAAACUCAAAAGUUAUAACGUGUCUUAUGAAUAUUUUGGGUGAGCCUGUUUAAGCUACGUUAUAUUCGGUACGGUAGUACCGUGUGAUUUUACUAAUGUAGCACUAAAUCAAACCGGAUCAAUCUGGUAUGUACAUAAAUAAUAUAUGGAUUUAUACAACCAACAUUUUAAUAGAAAAAUUCAAAUCAAUGUAAAUCGAUGUAAAUAUUAUAGGUUAGAAAAUAUACGUCUUGGUUGCAUGGUAUUUUAAAAAUGUAUAAGAGGCACUCUAAUUGAUUGUGAUUCUGAAGGAACAAUGCUGAAAUAAAUUUAUUAUGGAAUUUAAAUAUUAUAAUUGCUUUUGCAUCUCAUUACAAUUAUAAACCAAGAGAGGCCUAUACAAGAUGCAAUGAUAAGUGACCAGUUACAUCAUAAAUUCUUAUAUGCUUUAAAAAUUGGCUAUACACACUUUAAUCUCUAUUAGUCCAGUUUGUGGUUGUAAUAUUACCAUAACGAAUGCGACUACGUUAAACAGCUGAUACGAUAAUAAAGAUUAUAUUGAAAAUGUCUUGUGAAAAUGGAACCUUCGAUUUUGCUAACGAAU